CCCGAGAUGGGUCAAACCCGCCGCCUCGGUGGGCCUUUAAAAGGGCCUGGAGCCCUUUGGGAAAGGGGAGGCCCAUUUCCUCCCUUCCCCAUCUCUCGGCUCUCUCUCUCCCUCUUCUCCCCUUUCUCUCAAAAUGCAGAGGCAAAUAACAACAAACCAGUUUAAUAAAAGAGGGAUUUUGAGCUAUUUUCUUGUGUUCUUCCUCAUGUUUAUACAUAUACAUAUUCAUCCAGUACAUACACCCUUCUAUGCGGGGGAAUUAAUACUAUCAAAUGGCGCCGUCUGUGGGGACCCGAAAAAAGAGCUCUGUUCCUACCAUCAAAGAGCUAGUUGGAAAAGGAGAAAAGAUUUGGGGGAAGACGGAGGAGCUCUGCCGUCCGCCGCCGCCCUACGCCAUGAAGCCCAUCGUCUCCGGCUGGAAGACCGGCGACUCGCUGCCGACCCGGACGGCCUCCAUCGCGGAGCUGCUACGCCGGAGUUCUUGCUGGUCCACCGCCGCCAGUUGCGCCGAGAAGAUGGAGGAGAAGAUGGAGGGACGCCGGAGCAGUUCACGCCGCAGCCGCCGCCGUCCAGCACUGCCGCCGCUGUCCGCCAGUCACGCCGCCACCACCUCCGUCGACGAUGCCAUACAUCGUCCGCCGCCGCCGCUGUCCAGGCCGCCAGCCGCCGCCCGACGCCACCGCCGCUGCCUUGGGAUCCUGUCUCGCCGGUGGAGGAGCUCCAGGCCGCCGUCGCUUUUGCUGUCUAAAAAAAAAAAAAAAAAGAAGAGAAGCGGAGAAGAAGAAGAAAAAGAGAAGCAGA